AGGUCCAUUUUAUCCCUGGAACCUUUCCAGGCUGCAGGACAUUUCCAGAACCCUGCAACAUCAGUUCCUUGUUCCUGGUUGGAGACUGCUACUGCCACAGACCCUCGUUUCCAUGGCUGUUCUCAGGGUGUAGGUGUCCAACACUGGUCCUGGCCACCAUAUGAACCUUUGUGUAAUGAGUCUAGUCACCACAACCAGGUCUUUAGCCACGUAAGUGGACCUGCAGCUGGGAAUCUGGAAGAUGUUAUUACUGCUUCUGAGGAUGACUUUGUAGAAGAAGACCUACUAAGAGCAGGGAUAAUGGCAUCAUUACAGGACUCUAUACCAGAAUCGCUUGGCAAAGUGGAACUGUUGAAGUCAUCAGUGUCUUCCCUUCGGCUGCAGCAGUUGGAGAGGAUGGGCUUCCCAACAGACAAGGCUGUAGUUGCACUGGCAGCCACUGGAAAAGUAGAGGGUGCUGUUUCACUUCUGAUAGAGGACCAGAUCGGGCAGGAAGUAGUUGUAAAAAAGAAAAGGGCAGUUAAUGCCCAGUCAGAAUAGCAGUGAUGAUGGUCACGUGGACUUGAAAAUGUUUAUUUUUGAAAGCUGUGCCACAUUUUGAUAACCUUUUUAACUAUUCUGGUAUUUUGUUAAUGAUAGGUUUGCAUGGAGUGUACUACUUCUAGUUUGCUGUUGAUUUUUUUUCUUUCUCUGACAUGCACCUCUUUCAUUGCUGUUCUUAUUUAUAGAAGAUGAACACUAAUUUCUUGAUGUUUAAAAAAAAAAUCUUGUUGAACCAUCACUGCAGUCAGAAAUAAAAAAAACAACCAAGUGGCCCCACCAGGACUGGGGCAUUCGCCUGCCUGUAAAGGCAUUACUCUUUGUUCAUGAACAGUUGUGAAACACUGUGACUAGUGAGAGGAAUCUUGGACAUUGUACUUUAUAUCAUACUGAAGGUGACAGAACUUUCCUUGGCUACAGUGGUUACACAGAUGGUACACUUCUGUGCAGGAGAUGCUGGCAUUCUUAUCCUCCAGGUUAGGUUAAUCUAGUUUGGUACAAUAAACUCAGAGUGAGCACAGUCAACCUUAAUGCUUGUCUCUUGAAACAGGAGAAAGUAUUAUAAUGAGAUUAUAUUCAUCCCAAGUCAAGGUUCUUCAGCACGAUGAAAUAAAUGAAACAGUGCCACAAUGGUCAGAAGUUGGUCUGAAAAACUUAACUUCAAGAUGGGCAUAGGAAAACUCUGUUAUUCAGAUAAUGUUCUACAAGAAAGUACUAGGAAACCGUAUUGUAUAUUUCCAACCCCCCCCCCCAAAAAAAAAAAACAGUAGUUUACAUAUUGUGAAAUAUAGGUCUGAUUUAGAACCUUUAAAUGAAAGUAUUUAUUUUUCUUUUUGAGAUUUGUUUUUCUUUAUUUCCUCACCUAUGGUGUUAUCUCUGCAACCUAUCCUCCCAUCACUUCAUUCUUUCAAGCAGAAGCAGGGUAUUUACAUUUUUGGAGUGGGAGGAUCCACACAGAAUUUUAGCCUCUUUUCUGGAUUAUAAGAUUCAUAGGAGUUUUAAGGUUAUUUUAGUCAAAUGACCAGUGUUCACUGUGUCAAUACCCAUUCUCAGCCUUUGCUUCCUUUCUCAGCCUUUGCUUCCUUUCUCAAUGGGACCAGUUAGUCCUGGGGUUAAUUUGAGAGUAUCUAUCCAGCUAUCCAUGUUUAGCUGGAAGGAAGGUAUUAAAUCACAUUGUCAUACUUGCAUAGGAGGUUUUAUUUGAGAAGUGGGAGGCUCUGUGUGAUGACUAUGUACAUCAUCAUCACUUUCUGUUUAUCUGAUGAUGGAUGCGCAGGUCUCUGUUUUUAGUGUUAACUGUGCUGUUUGACUUGUUGACAUAUCCUGAGCACCUUAUUAGAUGUUUUCCAUUUUCCUUUAACAUUCAUUUUAAUCCUCCUGUUUGGUUUCCAUGAAGUGGAAGAUUCAAUUAAUUUGUUAAAUUUGUUCUGGUACAUUGGUAGUAUGCUAGAUAGAAAUGUUGUUGAGCUUUAGUCAUUCCUUGUCAGUAUAAUCAUUUCUAGGUCUUGCUUUUCAUGUUACUGUUGGAUGUUUUACUGAUGUGGUUAUAUUUAUUUUAAACACAAGACAAAUGAGGUUAUGAGCCUUUUUUUGCAUAUUUUGUGUUUGUGACCUCAUUAAAAAGAAACUUUUA